AUGACGAGUAAUAAACGAAACUUGGAGACCAUCACAAUCGAUGAUUCGGAUGAAGAAGACCAAAAAGAGCCCAUUGCAAAAAAACCGACCACUUCAAACUACUCUGCAUGGGCUGAAAUAUUCAAUAAAAAAAAAGCAGAAGCAUCAGUUGUUUCAGCAGCAGAAAAAGCGAAAAAAGAUGCAGAAAAAGAGAGACAACGUCAAAAAUUGAAAGAUGCGAUUAAUGAAAGAAAACGAAGAGAAGCGUUGCUAGAAAACUCAAAAAAAGCGAAACAAGAAUCACCGAAAGUGAUAAAAACUGAAAAACCGGUGAAAAAAGAAGAGAAAUUUGAAAAGUCUGAUUCACCGGGACCCUCGUAUAGUCAGCCGACGGAUACACAGGAUUCUCAAGAUUCGUCGGAUUUUGUUGCCAACCCCCUUGCUAUCGGAACCGGCGAGCGUCUCAUUCGUGGUCAGGAUAUCAUCGAACGACGAGAUAAAGUGUUCCUCGAACUAUUUCUCCACAAAAAGUACCGAAGUCGUCUCCAAAUGCAAGCAAUCAACUGUAUCCUCAAACGGAAAUGCGAUGUCUACGUGUCACUUCCAACUGGUGCUGGAAAAUCGCUUUGCUAUCAGCUGCCAUCGAUUGUUCACGGAGGAGUUACUGUAGUGGUGUCCCCAUUGAUUGCAUUGAUGAAAGAUCAGAUUUCAUCGUUGAGACGGAAAGGAAUCCCUUGCGAAACACUGAAUUCCACGUUGACAACUGUGGAGAGAAGCAGGAUUUGGAGAGAAUUGGGAAAGGAGAAACCGACGAUUCGAAUGUUGUAUAUUACGGCGGAGGGAUGUGCGACGGAGGGAAUUAAAAAGUUGUUGGGGGACUUGACGAAACGAGAUGUGUUGAGAUAUAUUGUGGUGGAUGAAGCACAUUGUGUCACGCAGUGGGGACAUGAUUUUAGACCCGACUACCUGACUCUCGGCUCUCUCCGUGAUGUGUGUCCAGGCGUUCCGUGGGUUGCACUCACUGCCACUGCUAAUGCAAAAGCACAAGACGACAUCGCCUUCCAGCUGAAAUUGAGAAAUCCAGAGAGCUUCAAAGCAGGAACAUAUCGAGACAACUUGUUUUAUGAUGUUUGUAUGAGAGAUCAUCUUUCGUCGGCACCAGAAAAUCACAUGGCCUCAUUCAUCACCAAAUGCCUCACCGUUGACAUCAAAACCAGCACGCCAAGCUUGACGAAAAAUGAGAAAUCGGGAAGAUCACAGAAUAAGAAAACGUUCGUCGGGUCCGCCAUCGUUUACUGUAGAUCCAGAAAUGAGUGUGAACAAGUGGCGAAGAUGUUGGUGAUAGCUGGAAUACCAGCAAUGGCAUAUCACGCUGGAUUAGGGAAAAAAGAUAGAAAUGAGGUGCAGGAGCAGUGGAUGAGCAAUGAGAUUCCGGUGGUGGCGGCGACGGUGGCGUUCGGAAUGGGAAUCGAUAAACCGGAUGUGAGAGCUGUCAUUCACUGGUCUCCAUCUCAAAACCUUGCUGGAUACUACCAGGAAGCCGGUAGAGCUGGGAGAGACGGAAAACGAAGUUAUUGCCGGAUUUACUAUUCGAAACAAGACAAGAACGCACUGAACUUUUUGGUUUCUGGAGAGUUGGCCAAGUUGAGAGAGAAGGCGAAAAAGAAUAAUGCGGAUGGAGAAAAAGCGGCGAUGCAAAUCAAAUCGAUACAGACGGGGCUGCAGAAGAUGUUGGAUUAUUGUGAGAGUGCGAAAUGUCGCCACGUGUCAAUCGCUACUUUCUUCGAUGACACCGAUUGUCGGCCGUGUAAAACCAACUGUGACUAUUGUAGAGACCCGACGAAAACUACUCGAAAUGCCGAAGCUUUUGUUAAUAGCGAAGAAUCAACUGGACGAAGCAUGUCCCGAAGGCCAGGAACAUCAUCCGGCGAAUCAGGAUUCGAUACGAUUUACGGGGGAGGAAAGCGUGGCGGAGAGACAGAAGACGAGUUGCUCUCAUCGUCGACGUCUUCGAAAGAUGCGAUGGAUCGAAUGGAACGAGAAGAGGCGAGACGAGUACGAGGAGUUAUCGAUAGUGAAUUCGCGAAACGGAGGAGACAAGCACCGUCGGUACCGGCUGCUGCGAGAGGAGCUGGAGCAUCGAGAAGAGUCGAGCCAGCGACGGAUGUUUCGGUGAUUAAACCAGAGCAGUCCGUAAUAAAAAAUGUUUCUUUAGAGUCCCGCGAAAACUGGGUUCGCUUCCUGCUCCGAGCUCUCGAAUCCAACUGGAUAGUCGCUGGACCACCCGCCGGCACUACCAUCAAACAGUGCGCCGAACAGUUGGAAUAUGGAAUGUACUCGAUUUCGAAAAACGAGACAACCUAUAAAAACAAGUGUGGCCAUAAGCUCGCCGAAAUCAAGAAGCUCACGAUGAAGAACGCGCCGUUCCACUAUACGAAUACGACGAUUGAGCAAAAUGGUUUCGUGAAAGCUGCCGAUUUGACAUGA